GCACACACACACCACACACACACACACAGGGAGGGAAACCGUCAUUUUCCUACGCGCCCUCUGACAUCAGCUACCUUCUCUGUAGCUACAGUUUCUCUGCACUCAAAUUAAUCCCUGGCGAUGAAAAAUGAACCUCUCCCCCACCCUUGCUGCUGCCUUUUGCCUUACGCCCCCAGAGAAGAGUUUCUUCACAAGGCAGCCGGUGAAGGUUUUUUUCCAAGUCACAUGAUCCAGGAUGCAGGGGGAGAAUCCUUCUUGGAACAGAGAUGGGCCCAGAACCGACUCAGAUGAGGAGAGAUAAGGUGUGAUGUGGGGGAGACUAUAUAAAGAAUGGACCCUGGGCUGCAGCAAGCACUCAACAGCGUGGCCCCUUCUCAAGACACAGCCAUGCAUGUGCCAGCAGGCUCCGUCGCCAGCCACUUGGGAACCACGAGCCGGAGUUACUUCUACUUCAUCACAGCCACCCUGGCACUGUGUCUCAUCUUUGCUGUGGCAACCAUUAUGGUUUUGGUAGUUCAGAGAACGGACUCCAUUUCCAACCCACCUGACAACGCCCCCCUUAAAGGAGGAAAUUGUUCGGAGAACAUUUUAUGUAUCCUGAAAAGGGCUCCAUUCAAGAAGUCAUGGGCCUACCUCCAAGUGUCAAAACAUAUAAAGCAAACCAAGUUGUCUUGGAAUGCAGAUGGCAUUGUUGACGGAGUCAAGUAUAAAGACGGGAAUCUGGUGAUCCAGUUCCCAGGUUUGUACUUCAUCAUUUGCCAACUGCAAUUUCACGUGCCUCAAUGCCCAGAAAAUUCUAUCGACCUGAAGUUGGAGCUUCUCGUCAAUGAGGUGGUCAAAAAGCAGGCAUUGGUGACAGUGUGUGAGUCUGGAGUGAAAACCAAAAAUAUAUACCAGAAUCUCUCACAAUUCUUGCUGGAGCACCUUCAGGUCAACACCACCGUAUCAGUCAGGGUGGAUAAAUUCGAGUUUGUGGAUACAGAUACCUUCCCUCUUGAAAAUGUGUUGUCCAUCUUCUUGUACAGUAGUUCAGACUGAACAGCUUUUCCUGGCCUUCAGGAAGAGAGAAACUCUCCACCUUACAGUACUUCAUCCACCCAAACACUUGGACAAAAAAGAAAACUUUAGACCAAGACUGAAGCCACAAAGAGUAUUAAAUAGAAUUCUUCUCCUUCUUUCUCUUGGGAAGAUACAGCUCCAGGGUUAAAAUGAGUUUUAAGUGAAGUAUCUUUCAGAGAAAAGGCAGGGAAGUAAUAUGGUAUGGGGGACAGAGCCCCACCUGGGAAUCUGAAGGGAUGGGUAUAUACCCAGCCCUACCACUAACUCACUGUAUGAUCUUGGGCCAUUCCUUCACCUCCCUGGAACUCAAAACCCACGUCUGAAAAAUGAGGGGGCUAGAUUUGAUCUUCUCCAAGGUCUCUUCCAUCUCAGAAGACCAGACUUUCUUAUUACAGGCCUAUGAGCUGAGAUUCCACACAGUGUUAUGGAAGCCCCCAACCAAAGAAAGGCCCCCACACCCAUACAAAGCUGAUGGUACUAGUGGCAUCGGGCUGCACUGUGCUUCAACAGACUCAGAGUAUGGGAACAAGGUGCAGGGUGCCUUGCAGAAAUAUAAGAAAUACAGAAAUGUAGGAACCACAGGAUCCAAAAAUAUGUAACAGAAAGAACUGCCGAACUGACCAUCUGAAAAUCCAGAAUCUAAAAGAUCAUCGGGGUAUUUGGAAAACCAUCCAACCAGGCCUGACUCCAUUCCAGUUAAGACUGACAAUAAGUGGACAGCAGACGGUACUGCUGUCCUGUCAGAAAAGGGCUGGAAAUGAUGAGAACUUCUGAGCAAUGGCAACCUCCUCUACUGAUUUGAGUCGCUGUGAGAUUUCUCUAGCUGCGUCAGCCUUUGCAGCUGUCCGUCAUCUUUGGAGAAGCACCUUAUCUGUCUGGGGAAAAAAAAAAAAAAAAGACUUUGACAAACCAUUUGAGUUGGUGUGAAAGUCCCUGAGGUUAUGCUUCAGUAAGAAAAGACAAAAACAGACCCCCUAACUUCCAUGCAAAAGAAUAGAGUGAAACUUGCAUUUUUUCUCAAGAAGGAGAGAAGAGAGAAAGAAAGGGAAUAGAAAUCCAGGAAAGUUUGUCCAAGAAAGGCUAGAAAAGAUUUAAAAGAAAGAAAGAAAAACCUAGCCAUGGUGGUACAGAUAAGAUGGACUUGGGAGAAUAAAAAUGUUGAAGAGAAAUGUGUAAGUUAUUUGCUGAGCGGUGUACAGUGUUCACCUUCUCCUUGGUCUCCUCCAUGAAAUAUUCCGUAAAAUCUACAUUGUUUUCAAUGCUUUCCGUGAGUAGAUGCUCUGACAGGAGCGAGCAUUUGGAGAGGUGUUGAAUUAGCAAGCCAAGUGGUACGUGGUGUUAAAAAAGAAAAAAAAAAAAAGGCUGGUUUUGGGGA